AUGUCUGAGUUGCACGGCGAACCCAACCCGGCGACUCUUGGGGAUGUCGAAGGGGCAGGGUUCCGCUUUGGGACCUACACGCGGGGUGAGCAACGAUCUCACAUUGGUGAUCGCCGCCAGUGUGCCGGCAAGACACGUUGCGAAGAUUAUGUUGGGCCUGCUCCAUGGGGCGAUGGAGCAUUCCGAGUGCUGUCGAGCGAGCGUCGCCACAGUUUCCGCAGACUGAGCACAGGCUCAACGUCCGAAGAUCUGGAGGCGGCCUUCAAUGCUCCGAAGCCGAGCUCGCGGAAGCCCAGCAAGGAAGCUGGGAAAGGAAGACCAGCUCCGGAAGCUCCGGCGGCGGAGGCCUUGGGGGCGCUGCUGCAAGCACUAGGUCAAGAAUGUGGCGAGACCGCUGUCAUGAAGCCCGAUAUCCACAAGACCGAAUGCGUUGUGGGAGGAAAAUGGCGAGUGGAGCUGUUGUACAUGUAUGCAGACUGCCCCACGGAAAAAACAGUCGAGAAGCCGGUGGAAGUGGUGGUGGAGAAGGAGGUCCCCUUCAUUGUGGAAGUGGAACGGUCUCGGGGACUCGAAGCAUCGACAGGCACACAGACCACGGCACUCUGGUGCGCAUAUUGUGGUGCUCCAGGUCACAGCAUUGCAGAGUGCCCACUUCUCCGGCUGCAGCAACAAAUCCGCCAGAUGGAGCUUGACAGCAAGAAACCCAAGCACCAAGACUGUCAGCUUUGCGGAGAUGCGGAGCAUUUGGCACCCAAUUGCCCAACACUGCGUCGACCAACCUGCUUCGAUGCAUGUGUCCAGACUGAUCCUCAGUGUCAGCUCUGCGACCGGGUAGGGCACUUGGCCAAGCAGUGCCCUAUGCUAGCUGCGUUGAUGCAGAAAUCGGAUGGAGCAACUGCCCGGAUUCGAGUCGGCGGCGGAUGGCUGAUUGCCCCACAGGUACCAGGUUUGGGGGAGCCUGGCCUGAAUGAGGCAGAAGCCAUCCAGGCACUUGCGGCAGCAAAUGCUGCUGGAUGUAUGACGAAGGAGGGGCAGGUGGUCUAUGCGAAGUCGCGUUCCCCGUCUCGACCACGGAGUGCUCCAAGCGGUGAGAGCCGCUCAGUGUCUCCGCGAAGCCAGAAGGCACAGACACCUUCUCCACAAAGGAGCCAGUCGCCACGGACCAAUCACCCAACCAGUGCACCCAAGGACCAAUCGAGAAUCCUUGCGGCUGGGCCUAUGGGCCCCGAAAGAUUCAAAGCCAUGGAGCAGGAGCGCGCUGCCUUGUCUGAGCGAAUUCGUGAAGGACAGGGGAAGGCGCCGGAUCAGCAGCGUGGAUUCUUGUACGGCACAUUUGUGCAGGGAGGACAUGACAAGCAUCGUUUCAGUUCAGACCGGGGCGCUCGCUCCAUGUACCGCGUUUACCGCAGCAGCGUCUCGCAGGACUCAGCGUUGGACCCUUCAGAGCUUCGAUCCGACAGCAAGGAUCCUAUCAAGUCAUGGUUGCUUAAAGCAAGUGUGCUGCUACGGUAA